AUAGUAGAAUUUAAAAACCUAACCUCAAAUUUUCUCGGCGGAAUAUUACUGUCAGAAAUGAUCAGCUGACUGCGUUAAUUAUUAUUGACACGUUGAUAAUUAUUAGAGGGCUUAAUUUCAGAGGGCGGCUCCCGAUAUGAACUUUGUUUUGUAUGUUUUAUAUAUAGUGGAGACAACAUGUAUUUAUCGGCACGUGGACUUCGAUCUCACUAAGAGGAUUUCUGUAGCAACUGCAUGUAAGUGAAUAAAAAGACUUCUUUGAUUACGUAUUAAAACUUUGCAAAAUGAUCCAGUAUAUCUCGGAACGGCAAUAAUGCAAAUAUGGCUGACACAAGGAUGCGAAAAAGGGCGGAUGGAGCCAAAGGAUACGACGAAAUGUUGAAAAGAGGUGGAAGUGAAUAUAUUCCAUUAGUUGAUGGAGAAAUUCCAAGAUACAGAAUUGUCUUGCCAUUUUCAAAAGUUGCUUGGUUCACGGUCUCAUUACCCUUCUUCGCUUUCAUUUUUUGUGUUAUUUGGUCUAUUGUUUAUAAUUUUGAACAUUCGACCUCAACCCAUUGUCAGGUUUACAAUUUUCUGCCAUCAGUCUCAGCAGCAAUUGGCCAUUAUAAGCCACAGAAGAAUGUAUGGAAAGGAGCAAUAGCAUUGCAAGCUUUAGUGAGGGCUUUAAUUUUCCUCAUGUACUACAGACUUUACAAGGAGAAAAUUCACAAAUGGGCAAAUGGAUUAAGCAAUUUGGCACUAGUCACUUAUGCCUUAGAGAAUAUUUCACUUGUUUCUUUAAGUUUUUGGUCUUCCAAUGAAAAUUACGCCAUACAUAAAUUAUCAUUCAUAACAUUUCUAAUAAUGUCCUUGGUUCACAUGUUCCUAACUUAUUACAUAAUGACAAAAUGCAGAAAUAUCACUAAGGAUCCUUCUAAUACGACUUCCAUGAAGUGGAAAUAUCGCUCCAUGAUCUUCAACGUAACUUCCAUAUUUUCGGCUUGCUACUUCUUCUACAGGCACAAUACUUUCUGCGAACCAAUAGUUUAUUCAUUGUUUGCACUUGCUGAAUACCUGGUUGUGUUGACGAAUAUGGGUUACCAUCUAACAGCCGCUUGGGAUUUUGCAGGACGACAUCUUCUUUUAUCGACAACAGGUUUCAGGAUAAUUUAAUUUUUUUUCUCAACAAAUUUUUGAGUACAAAAAUUGUUGUACAACUCUUCCAUCCAAAUCUUCAAUUAUUGUAAUGUUUACAAAAAAAUUAUAACACUAUAUUAGGUAGAAUAAAUUUAUUUAUAUCAAUGUGUACAUAUGAACAAAAUGGAAAGCAUUUUUGUGAAAGACUUACAUUCUCCGGAAAAAAAAUAUGUAAUUUUUAUUGUACAUACUUUUUUAACUUUUGAGGUAGUGUGAGUACUUAUAGACUGAGUGUGAAAUUUAAUUUUUUGAGUUUCUAUGCUUUUAUUAUUAAUUUCCAAACACUUUGAAUGCGCUUAUUAUAUGUACAAAAACUAGUCCUUCUCUGAGAAUAUAUGAGCAUUUAAAAUAAAAGGUAUAUGUGAAAUUUAAAA